AUGGGUCUCGUCAGUUUGCUACUCGGCCCUCUGCUCGCGCAUCCACUGCUCGCAGUCCUCGCGAUCUCUACCGCCCUCCUCGUCUCCCGCACAGUAUACCGAAUGACCCUUCACCCGCUUGCGCACAUUCCUGGGCCUCUCCUCUGGAAAACCACGUCUCUAUUCCUGCAUUACCACGCAUAUAUCGGAGACGAGGCGACCGUCAUCCACCAAGCCCACCUUCAAUAUGGGUCUCUAGUCCGAGUGUCUCCCAACGAAGUCGAUAUCAGCGAUGCCGAUGCCAUAGGUCCAAUAUACGUCUCGAGAGGCGGGUUCUUGAAGGCGCCGUGCUACGCGAACUUCGAUAUCGAUGGACACCCUACAAUCUUCUCGAGCCUCGAUCCGACCCACAGGGCUACCAGAGCCAAAGCUGUGGUGCCCAUGUUCUCUACCAAGAGCAUUCGAGAGAAUGAAGCUGAAUUGUACGGGUGUGUGGAUCUGAUGGUUGAGAGGAUGCAGGCAGAGGCCGGCACUGGAAGGCCGGUAAAUGUGCUGAAUCUGUCGAGGAGUCUGGCAGUUGACAUUGUAUCAACCCAUCUUCUCAAUGAAAAUUACAACGGAAUCUCUGAGAGGGGGAGGACGUUGUCGAUUUCUGCCUUUGUGGAUACGUUUGUUGCUGUUGGUAGGUUCUUUUAUCUGCCUACUACGGUAUUCACGUGGCUAGAGUGGGCUGCUGAGAAAGCCUUCUCGGACGAGCACACGAGUGCUUCAAUGCAGGUCGUGGAAAAGUUCGUGGAUCAACUUGUUGAGUCGACGCCGAAAGGCGCCCAAAACUUUCCGGGUCGGUUGAUUACUUUGGGAAUCGAGAAAUCCGAGGUCAAAGCUCAAUGUAAAGACUUGCUCUUUGCUGGAACUGAUUCCACCGGCAUGAAUCUUGCCACCAUUUGCCGGAAUCUUGCCUUGAAUCAAGACAAAUUCGAGAUCCUUCGCGAAGAAGUACUCGCGAAUGUCAAUGCUGGAGAGAAGAAGCAAGACAUCCAAGCCCUCCCCUACCUCAGCGGAGUCAUCAGAGAGGGACUGAGACUCAGCAUGACAAACCCAACUCGUCUUCCCCACAUUGUUCCACCUGGUGGUUGGACAUUCAAGGGCACUCGAUUCCCGGCUGGAUCUCACGUCGGCUGCUCAUCAACCGAGCUUCACCUCGAUCCUGAGGCCUACCCCAAUCCUCACAGCUUCCUGCCGGAGAGGUGGCUGCCGGAAAAUAUGACAGCUGCAGCGGAGAGAUCCUUCUUUGCGUUUGGUGCUGGGGCUCGGGCGUGUAUCGCAAGGAAUCUGGCGACGAUUGAGCUUUACAUGGCAGCCGAAAGGUUAGCAGAGAAGAAUGUUCUGGCCGGAGCGAAAGCCUGCCAGGACAAGGUGGAGAUCUACGAGUGGUUCAAUUCAAGUGUGAAGGGCGAGAAGAUCGAGUUGAUCUGGGAGAAGGCCAGUGCCUAG